CGCGAGGGCGGUGCCAAGUAGGAGAUAAGCGACGACGAGAACCUCACCGGUAGUUGCAUCCUUUGCUUUAACCAUUUAUAAGCACCUUGUUUAGCUACCGUUAGCUGUUUAUACCAACCAGCUCACAAAAAAUUGCUGUUGUUUUUUUUUGUAUGUCCCGAAUUCCAUUCAUAUCUGUCAAGAAUUCGAAACGGAAAAUAAACCACAUUAUGGAGACGGAGAUACACGUGCCUGUGGGGUCGCCGGUAAUUCGAAAAUUCCCGAUUUUCGUGGAGGAACAUAACGUAACCGAUGGGGCAAUGAAGCUGAUAAAGCAGCUUCGGCCAGCGUGGGACAUAAACCAUGUCAAGACCAAGCUCUUCACUGAUGGGACCACUAAUAAGCUGGUGGGUUGUUAUGUGGAUGCCAGUCCAGAGGACGUGGUUCUGGUGCGUGUGUAUGGGAACAAGACGGAGCUGAUCGUCGACCGAGACAACGAGCUCAAGAGCUUCCAGGUGCUACAUGCUAACGGCUGUGCGCCGCGCCUCUACUGCACCUUCCAGAAUGGCCUCUGCUACGAGUUCAUGCAGGGGGACGCCCUCGGAACACAGGACGUCAGGGACCCGAUCUUACUCAGGCUAAUAUCCAGGGAGAUGGCUCGUAUCCAUGCCAUCCACGCACAUAACGGCUGCAUCCCCAAACCCAACCUGUGGAUCAAGAUGAGGAAAUAUUUCUCUCUGGUCGCCACCGAGUUCACCGAGCAAGCCUCCAACGCCAGGAUCCAGCAGGAGGUGCCCAGCCAGGCAGUGUUGGAGCAGGAGAUGGUGUGGAUGAAGGAGCACUUGUCUCAGCUGGGCUCUCCUGUGGUGCUCUGUCACAACGACCUGCUCUGCAAGAAUAUCAUCCACAACAGCAAAGAAGGCCAUGUCCGGUUCAUAGACUAUGAAUACUCUAGUUACAACUAUCAGGCCUUUGACAUCGGGAACCACUUCAACGAAUUUGCUGGUAUGAGUGAGCUGGACUAUGGGCUGUAUCCUAGCCGUGAGAUGCAGCUGGAGUGGCUGCGUGUGUAUCUGCAGGCGUACAAACUGUCCACUAAGAAAGGAGAGGAGGUCAGCGACAGAGAGCUGGAGAGACUCUACAUACAGGUCAACAAGUUUGCUCUGGCAUCACACUUCUUCUGGGGCUUCUGGGCACUCAUCCAGGCCAAGUACUCCUCCAUCGAUUUUGACUUCCUGGGGUAUGCUGUGCUGCGCUUCAACCAAUACUUCAAGACCAAACCUGCAGUGAUGGCUCUACAGAUCCCAGAAUGAGAGGAGAAGAGAGGGACCCCAUCACUGGCACUGACCAGUGGAGCAGACACACUUUGAGCAGGAGAGGGCUGUGCUGGGGGAUGAGGGACAAAAGUUGGGGUUGAGCAUUAUUAAUGGGGUCGAGGGGUAAAUAACAUUUAGAGGGCCGAGUGUGGAUGGACCACAACAUUUUUUCCAAACUCGGUCCCUGGCAACAAGCGCAAAUACUAUUUAAUUCCUCUUCAACUGUCCACCUCUGUCUCACCAGUCAAGCUCAUCAAGAUUCCCCAAAACAGCCAGGGGUGGUCUGUGUGUAAAUGUGUCUUUAUUUAUUUAUUCUGUGAAGAAUUGAUUGACCUACUGAUGUAAGAUUAAUUCCCCAGGCAGACGGGUAGCUGAAACACUAGCUGAGUCCGGGAGCAUUUGGUGCCAACAUGGAGAACAGGGUGCAGACAGUUCUGUAUUUAUGGGCUCUGAGUUUUCCCUGUGGUUGUGUUCAAGGCGUGUAGUGUAGGAUAGAGGGCAGCCAGCUUGUUCUUAAUGUAGGCACUGAUCUGAGAGGAUUUCUUAAGCAAUAUGGUCAUAGUUUCACCAUGAAAAUAGUGUAUUCAUUCAACUCUGAUCUACACGAAGUGGCUAGGGGCUGACGUAGAACUGAAGUUUUAGUUGCUUUGCAGUGAAGGUGGCAUUGCCGUGUAGGUUAGAGGGGCUAGCCAUGGCAAGACAGUGAUAUGGUCCUUUAAUAAUGUCUGACAGCAGAGCUGCCUCUGUGGCCAGGAGCAGCUUUGCGUCACUGGUGCUAGACUUUAAACCAGGGCCCUGUUCUCCCUCUGCCUCUUCUCCACCACUUUAGCUUUUAUAGUUAUGGUGACUCGCUCUGUUAAACUUUGCACUCAGACUACUGUGAAAAUCACAACCUCAAUCACCCCUGCCUUCCCCAGUAUCUGACCCCUCUUCCUCCCCCUUUCUCUCACCUCCCUCUGCCCUUUUACACGUCCUCCUCUCUCGACUCUUUUGAUUGGCUGAGGUGGUGGAGGGACUUUUGCCUGAAGUGCACAUAUUCACUGUAACAUCCCAACCUCCAUCCAUUCAGUCAUAACUUCCCUAAAAAGGAGCCAGAAUCUUAUACAAUAGGUUAUUGCGUAAACUGUCAGAGCCAGUGCUUCAAAGGGUGUGGAAUCACUAACCCCAAUGUUGUUCUGACGCUUAUCAGGAUGUGAGUGAGGUGGCCAAGGACAAGACAGCAGGGUGAAGUCCACACUGAGCCAGCAACCACUUCCUUCUCUGACUGACCAAGGACAAGACAGCAGGGUGAAGUCCACACUGAGCCAGCAACCACUUCCUUCUCUGACUGACCAAGGACAAGACAGCAGGGUGAAGUCCACACUGAGCCAGCAACCACUUCCUUCUCUGACUGACAUCAUGAUCUUUGGGGGAAGUCCACACUGAGCCAGCAACCACUUCCUUCUCUGACUGACAUCAUGAUCUUUGGGGGAAGUCCACACUGAGCCAGCAACCACUUCCUUCUCUGACUGACAUCAUGAUCUUUGGGGGAAGUCCACACUGAGCCAGCAACCACUUCCUUCUCUGACUGACAUCAUGAUCUUUGGGGGAAGUCCACACUGAGCCAGCAACCACUUCCUUCUCUGACUGACAUCAUGAUCUUUGGGGGAAGUCCACACCUUUCUUUAUCCCAGUCCCCCCUCCCUUCCUCUCCAGCCCUCUCAGAUCAGAAGAUCAACAUGUAAGGGAAAGUAGAGGAGAGCUGUAUUAGGAUAUCAUAAGCCUGUCCUGUGAUCCCUGGCUGUCUGCUGUUUCUGACAGGGUUAAUAAUUCACCAAUCUAGGAGGCUGCCAACUCUAUGAAGGUGUUGAAGAGAAGGACUGUUGUGACGAGUCACUAGCCAUGCUUGCCAGGCCUCUUAGUUCCCCUACACACUCCAAAAUGUGUUGUCUGGCUACACGGUGAGACUGAUGAGCAGCCUCUUGGCUCUCAGGAGAGCUUGCCUUUUUGUCCCUUGUCACUAGCUGUACAGGCAGGGAGGGUAGAUGCCAUUUUCACCAGCUCUUGUCCUGGAGAGCUACAGUCUAGACACAUGAUUCAACUAAUCAUCAUUAUCCUGGUUCAUUUAAUCAUGUGUGUUAGUGCUGGGCUGGAACAAACCUGCACACCCUGUAACUGUCCAGGACCAGGGUUUUUGACUACUGGAAUAGUGUUAAGCAGAGCAUCUGCAACAUAGCAGUAGAUUGAUGCAACAAAUGGAAAUUACUCUUGAUGUAGUAUUGUGUCCAUUCUAUACAGUACAUUUCUAUCGGCAACAUUCCAAACUAUUUAUGUCAUUGAGUCAGCGGAAUUGGUUGAGAGAAUCUUGUAGUGUUUCCUAAAUGGAUGGUCAAGGCCCUCUUGUAUACAUUUUUAAAGGCCGUUAUGGACAGAGACGACACUUUGAAAGGCUUCAGGUGAGUCACAGCUCACCACCAACUGUUCUAUGUCGGCCCCAGGGUUGAACGAACAGGUGACCAAGUGCAAUGAAUUCCUGUUUAUCGUAGAUGUACAUAUGUGAAUAUGUUUCCUUUGAGUUGACCGUAACAUUUCAGUGAGACUCUUAACUGUAUUCCUGUUAGGGUGCAUCUCAACUGUCUUAGAGUGGAUUCCUUUCCUUCAUCUACACUAAUAGGAAACAAUUAGAUGGAUGACAAAUGAAUCCACCAUAUUGCUUUCAUCCUGUUUUCAGACGUGGUGCUUAAGGAGAGAUGAGGGAGACUGACCUUAAGAGUAUGAGGGAGACACUAGAUGGAGACUGACCGUAAGAGUAUGAGGGAGACACGAGAUGGAGACUGACCGUAAGAGUAUGAGGGAGACACGAGAUGCAGACUGACCGUAAGAGUAUGAGGGAGACACUAGAUGGAGACUGACCAUAAGAGUAUGAGGGAGACACUAGAUGGAGACUGACCAUAAGAGUAUGAGGGAGACACGAGAUGCAGACUGACCGUAAGAGUAUGAGGGAGACACGAGAUGGAGACUUACCGUAAGAGUAUGAGGGAGACACUAGAUGGAGACUUACCGUAAGAGUAUGAGGGAGACACGAGAUGGAGACUGACCGUAAGAGUAUGAGGGAGACACCAGAUGGAGACUGACCGUAAGAGUAUGAGGGAGACACGAGAUGGAGACUGACCGUAAGAGUACGAGGGAGACACUAGAUGGAGACUGACCGUAAGAGUACGAGGGAGACACUAGAUGGAGACUGACCGUAAGAGUACGAGGGAGACACGAGAUGGAGACUGACCGUAAGAGUAUGAGGGAGACAAGGUGGUCGAAUGUCAAGAUGUUCUAUGCACCAAAGCACUCCUGGUGGUCUGUGGUUACAUUCAACUAAACUAGUCAGACACUAGAUUGCCAAGCUACAACAAACAGAAGUGGCAACAUAGGUUAAUGGUUGAGAUUUGUGAUUAGAAAGCAACAGCCUACUUCAUGCUAGCAUGGCCAGAUGACUGUAAAUGUCUGCUUCCUGAAUGCACAACCAAAAAUGACCCUGGGUUUCAUGGAAAUGCACCCCACUUAAAGUGGUAGACCAACUACGGCAGGCUAGGGCUGCUUUCCAAUUCUUAAAUAUGCCCUUAACUCCCUUCACAAAAUGUAAACGAUUAUGCUUAUUGCUACUACUAGUCGUUUUAGAAACUCCCUCCAGCCUAACACCUAUCCAAUCCUCUCAGAUCUUUGAGGGCAAGCCAGCAGGAGCGGGUUCAAGAAUCUCAGUGCCCGUAGCUCUACUAGUGAAAUCUAUAAAGUAGAGUUUUUAUACACUCCUACAGCACAUGCCUUCACUGGACAAACGUUGGAAGAGCUUUUGAAUGUGUCCUAGAAUACUUUACAUUUGAAGUAAAGGAAGUAAGUUCCCCAUUUAGAAAAAUAGCCAAUAAUACACAUGUAGGAAGAUAAAUGUGCACUACUGUGGGACUUGAUUUUAUUCUUUCAACAUAACCCUGUGGAUAUGUGCUGACUAUGGAAGGGUUACAUCCUGACAGUGGUAUUUGUAGACUAGAGAUGUGUUGAAGGGUGUAUUCAUGUUUUCAUUUUACUUUUUCUAUAUACACACAUACCAAAAUGGUUAGCUUCAUAAGGCUUGCAGUUCAUUUGCAAAUAACUUAGAAACACUACAGAAAACUAGAUUCUACUUUCUCCAUAUUUUCUUUUUUGACUGUUGAAUUUUAGGUGAGUGUAGGGAGUCAGCGGUUGUAAAUACUAAGAAAUACUGUGAAUCUGACUGUGCUGGGGAGAGUAACAUUGGUCAGUAAAUAUUUCCAUUAAACGUUGAACUAUU